CACAUAAAUACGAUAUAACAAUCGAGCGUUUUCCCGGUUUACACCACCAUACCUACUGCCGCCAUUGAAACCGCACGUUUACCGGCAUAAGAGAAUAUAACGAUGGCUAAGCCGAGGGUUUUUUUCGAUAUGACCAUUGCAGGUAAAGCAGUGGGGAGAGUUACCAUGGAGUUGAGAGGAGACGUUGUUCCUAAAACAAGUGAAAACUUUCGAGCGUUGUGUACAGAAGAAAAGGGGUUUGGUUUCAAGGGAUCAUCGUUUCAUCGUGUUAUCCCCGGCUUCAUGUGCCAAGGCGGAGAUUUUACCAAGCAUAAUGGUACCGGAGGAAAAAGCAUCUACGGAGAAAAGUUUGCAGAUGAAAAUUUCCAACUGAAGCACACUGGACCCGGCAUUUUGUCUAUGGCAAAUGCUGGUCCCAAUACCAACGGGUCGCAGUUUUUCUUAUGUACUGCGCAAACAUCAUGGCUGGAUGGAAAACACGUGGUAUUCGGCAGUGUUGUGGACGGGCUGGAUGUUGUGAAGAAAAUAGAAGGAGUUGGAUCAGAUAGUGGGAAAACAUCAGCGAAAGUUGUAAUUGCGGAUUGUGGACAGUUGUAGAGAACUUGAAUUCGACAAUUCUUUUUCAAUCAAUAUCCUGUGGACACUACUCUAGGAACUUUAACAAGCGUGGACGAGCGAUAAAAUACAUUAGAGACAAAUAGUGCUACCAGUUUUAUGUCGACAUUUUGCUAAUGGACGUUUAAGUUUCAAAGAUUGUGUUCUAUGAACAUUUUUAAUGUAAUCUUGAAAAAUUAUUUACUUCGGAAUUUCAGGUUGUAGGGUGAACAAAACUGUCGACAUCACAAAAGAUCAUUAUGAUCGAUACGAUCAAUCUUUCUUGAAAAUAAAAACAAUGAAAUUUUCUGUACUUGA